GCUAUGUUACCACACGUUAUAUUGCCACGCGUACUAUAUUACUACGCGUUAUAUUACCACGCAUUCUGUACUACUAUAUCUUGUAUCGCCAAGCGUUACAUUGCCACGCGUACUAUAUUAUUAUAUGUUAUAUUGCCAUGCAUCCUGUAUUACUACAUGUUAUAUCGCUACGCGUUAUAUUGUUGUGCAUACUAUAUUACUAUGUGUUAUAUUGCCGCCCAUUCUGUAUUACUACAUGUUAUAUCGCUACACGUUUACUACCACUAAUCGUUAUAUCACCGCUCGUUCUAUAUUGCCAGGCGUCAUACCAUCACUCAUCCAAUUUCCACUCGAUAUAUUACCACGUGUUGUAUUGCCACGUAUGUCCUACAUCGCCACACGUUUCACAUCGCCACAAGUUUCGUGAAGUGUUUCGCCCAUUGAAUAAAUAAUAUGAAAGCUCUCCGUCUUUGUCUAUUUAUUGAACGAGCCUCCCUCAUACAAAAGCUAACAGAAUUGUUUUUGAUUCGAGAACAAUUUAAGCAAUACUUAUAACAAAAUGACAGUCGUUUCCCAGAAUAAUUGUUUACCGAAACUUCGAUCUCUGAUUACAGCAUCGCUCAGUCUCGUUAAUCAUCGUCAUGGACGUUAACAUCAAACUCUCACGAAAUGGCGGACAAACUUUGGGAUUUCGAUUAUCUGGAGGGGCCGAUUUCAGUUAUCCGAUGACUGUUGUUAGGGUGGCUCUCGGAGGUUUGGCCGACAAAGCAGGUCUACAAGCCGGCGACAUAGUCAUCAAAGUAAACGGGGAGACCAUACAACAUUUGAGACACAGCGAGGUCCUCGAUCGAAUUAACAAAUCUGGAAACGAAUUUACCCUCACCGUUAUACGAAAUCUUAAAUUCGAACGAACUUUGAAAGAAUGACACUAUUCGAUUUUAAACUUGAUAUGUGAAUAUGUUCUAUUAAAGAUAUCUAUGAUCGUUAUACCGACUUUUUUCUUUUCCUGUGAUUGUUAAUUUAACUAAAAAGCGUAUUUAUUAAUCCUGGGAUGAAAGGGAUCGAAAAUAUUUAUGAUACUCGAAAUUGGGUUAAACGGAUCUUUCCGGCGAGUUUAUUUUCGAAAUAAAAUUUACCUGAA